AUGUACUCUGACUCUACUAGUGUACAGGUCGAAAAUGAGGAUAGGGCCUACAGGGCUGCUGAUUCUGAUUCAGCGCACAAGGCAGAUUCAGAAGACACACUUUCAGAUAGAAGUAUAUCUGUAUCCUUUCAAAAACAAUUGGAUUGUAUCCCUGAGCUGUGUAUACUAGGUUUCAUCUCCCAUCCCUAUCGUGCUUAUUUAGAAGAUACCAGUUUCGCGCGGUGUCACCAAACCUCGAUCACCACUUGCGGCGCAGAGACGUACACGCGCUCUCUUUUAAUGGCAGGACACGGCACGCCAAUCUGGGAUCCCAUUGGGGACACAAAUCGUCCUAAACACCAUCUCAAGUCCGGGGUGAUGAUAGGAGAUGUGGGACACGUUACUGUUCACGGUGAUUUUGAGAGUUACUUUAAUAUCUUUCUGCCUCCAGAUAAAGAACUGCAAUUGUAUUGCCCUGAAAAUUUGGAACCGUUAUCGCCCCCGCUGAAGCCUGAGGAAGUUAAAGUGCAAACAAAUUAUUUUCACCCUGGUACCGUUCUCUCCAGUACAGGAGCGGAGGUUACGCAUAUGCAGGAAUCGCCUCUAGACCUCAAAUUCACCAUUAAAGCAAGAGAAUCCGGCAUCCUCAUCUUGCCGGACGGCGCAUCCCGCACAGACCUGCUUCCCUCAAGUACAACGCGGAUUCGGGACUACGUGCACAAGCACGCGUUCGAGUGGUACAAGUUCAUAAACGGCACAAAAGGGUUGGUAAUCUGUCCCAAUGGCUCGCUCUGCGUCGUCACCGGCCACGACAAGGCUGCUUCCUGGGCAAGUUGCACGUCCAACCCUAUAGAUCAUCUCAAAGCGGCGGAGUCGGGGUCUGUUAUAGUCGAUGGGGAACAUGCGUGA